AUGGCGACUGAGGCACCCACCGCAAAUGGCGCACCUACUGGCGACUACUCAGCAGUGUGGGCGGACAAAUACCGUGGUGCGACUGUAGAGGACCUCGACCCCCCGCCUGCGUUGUCUAUUCAACCCUCGGACCCUAUAUCAUGGGCGCUCAUGUCCGGCCUUGAGCGCGACUACACACAUCUCACAGUAAUCUCUCAAACGAACCGCGCACUACUCGGCUACAUCAGCAUUCCGCAUCUACAGCAGCUCCUCAAAGAAGGCAAAGUCAAGGACAGCGACCCCGUUGAGGCAGCAAUGCACAAGUUCCAGCGACGCGGCAGGAGGUACAAGGUCAUCACGACCGAGACCCCGCUAGAGGAACUCGAGCAGUUCUUCGCUGGUGGGGUAGAUGGAAGUGGGAAGCAGGAGUUCGCGGUGGUAACGGACGCCAGUAGGAAGUUUGUAUUGGGCGUAGCUACACGGGCUGAUUUGGAGAAUUUCGCCAAGAGGAGAGCAUAG